AUGUUAGAAAAGGCAAUCGGCACAACUGCAAAUCACCAGGAAAAUACCGAGUCCUUUAUAGGAGCAUGGCAGCACCACCCUGUGGGUUAUCCUCGACUUUCUGAGCGCAUUUCUCUGAAGCCGGAAACUGGAAUCUAUCGUCGUUUUGACGGCCUCAACGCGCGACGCAUAUUAUAUCUCCAAGCGGAAUUGUGCAUCUUGGAGCAGGAUUUACACUUGAUUGAGAAGCAGGAUAAAGCAGGCUCGAAGGGCAAACGAGCGUUCUACGCGGUGGACUACAAGUACAUGCUCGAAGAAGCAGAUGGCGGGCAUUCAACCCAGAUCAAGCUGAUAGGAGAGAUGCAAGAAAAGCUUAACCAGUACAAUAAAGCGCUCAUCCAGCUUUCCAUGCUGCAAAAGCUCAAGAAACCAGAUCGUUUUGAUCUUUUCGAUAUCCAAACUUUUCUCGAGAGUAAAGAGAUGGGCCCAGACCAUUUGAGUGGUUUUGAUGCGCAAACAUGGGGGACAACAACUGAUCCAGAAAACCAUCCGCCAGACAUCAUUGCGGUGCAUCCACGCAAUGUAGAAGACAAAUUUUCUCGUAUCGUGUCUGAACGCGCAGUAUACCUCUUCAAAUGCGGCUUAGGUCUCUUCACCAAGGGGAAUCGGCAUCUGGGUCCGAAGGUGUACUAUGACACUACUGUGGCGAAGAUCACACUGUGGGUCAGCUCCAUGAUUGCGGCUAUGCUACCCAUCGCCUCCAUUCUGGUGCUGAUUCAGCUCGACUCCUUGAAAGCGAAGCUUUGGACGAUUGCAGCCUUCAACGUGGGCAUGAGCUUUUGUUUGACGUUCUUCGCUAACGCCAAGCGAGCUGAAGUUUUCGCUGUGACAUCUGCGUUCGCCGCUGUGCUGGUCGUGUUCGUGAGUACUGAUCGUGGUAGCCCUUCUACGUAG